AUGUAUGGCGCCGCCCCCAACCACCCCAACAUUGUGCCUGCCAGUUUUCAUACCACGAAUGAAAUUGUUUCGGCUCCGUACCUAACCAGACCCGUCAGUGCCCGUGCUGGACAGAAUAUAGUCAUGCACAACACGGAGGAGGAUGGGAAUGCUAUUGCCGCGGCGCCUCACACCGCGGCGGCACCAGUUCUUGGGAAGUCCAUUUCUGCGGUGUUAUUCGACAACGCACCGGCUGACACACUUGGCGCGUCCUUUGACAAUGCAAAUGAAUCCUCGCCGGGGAGUUUUUUUUUUGUUUGA